AUUUUAAACUUUGGUAUUAGUUGGGCAUUGGUGACCAAGUUGAUAUUUUAGUUGUAUUAUUCCCGCAUAACGAAAGGCUUAUUAAGGCAAACGUUACUGUAGUGCAAUAAUACUAUUACCCCAAUUUUUUUUCCUUCUUUAUACUAUUAUUCAUUUUAACAAAAUCUAUUAAUGAUACAGCACAUCAGUAGAAUAUUUUAUGAUCUUGACAUAGCAUUUAAAUGAAUGACUGUUGAAACUAAAUUUUUAUUAUGAGUUUCAAGGCAAAGCUAGACAGUUUCACCUGACAUGUCAUGAGCUUUAGAUGUAAGAUGAAGGGAUUUAAUUAAUUUUUAACUUGUUACAAAACUCAAUCUUGUUAAUAAUGUCAGUAAUGUACUUCACAUAUUAAUCUUUUGUAGGUUAUGUAGUUUAGUUUCCAAAUUGUACUAAGUCAAGUUUGCACAAAAAUAGUGGAAUAAAUAUGUUUUAAUGGUGGAAAAUGUAACUGGAAGUAUAAUAACAGAAAGACACUGCACAAUCACAAUAUCUACUUGCCUCUUUAUGAACUAUGCAAUGUCAGAUACUAUUAAGGAGGAAAAUAACAAGAAGAUGCAAGAAGAUGAACUUUCUGGCAGUGAGCCUGAAAUUUUGAGUCACCAAGAGCUGCUGGAAAUAACACGAAAAACCCUGACUGAUGUUUUGAAACGUGACCCAUUGCUCUCUGACCUUCCAAGUGGUGUUACAUUGGAAGAAGUACAAGCACAGAUUGCUCUUGAACAUGGCCAGUCAAUGACAGUUUAUGUUGUUCGUGAUGAUGGAGAAGAAAUGCCAGUUGUGGUGCAACAGCAGGGUGCUACUGUUAUGGAUCUAAAACGUGCCAUCCGUCGCUAUUUCACAUUGAAGCUGACACGUUACCAACGAUCAUCAGUGAAUAUUAGCUGGCGAUAUGUCUGGCAUGCCAACUGGCUUCUUCAUGAAGGUUCCAAACUCAAAGAUGAUAAUGCUCUCUUAGCAGAUAUUGGUAUUCGAAAUAAAUCUCGUGUUUCUUUCAUUAAAAAACUAGGAGAAAGGGGAGAAUUAAGAUAAAUUAAAAUUGAAUAUCUUUGUAACAAAUUUGAGUGUUUGGAACCUAUUUUUUGGGUUCUCAUGGUGAUGAACAUGCCCAUGGUGGCCUUCUGGGUUAUGUCACCAUGUAGACUUUUAGGUUGUACCAGUGUUUUGGAGAAACAUUUUUAUUGAAUCCAGAAGAUCAAAAUGUCAUUAUGAAGUGUUUUUACUGUACAUCUUUACGUGGUGAACAGCGGAAGAGGGUAAAUUAACAGUCUCCUUUCUUCCAGCAUGUCAAUGAAAUGUCUUACAUAUUAAACUCUUGUAGCUAAUUCUUUCAACUUUAAAUUGAAUAAAAAAAAAGUUGUGUAUACAGUUACGAGAUUUAAGAUUGUCACAGCAGUGAAUAUGACAUGUUCUUCUGUGUUGUGAUGCUGAAUGGACUUGUGUUUCAAAGAAACAUAUUUUCUUUGAAACGCUGGUAUUUUCCUAUGAGUCCACAGUGUCAUAACCCAGAAGCAUAGCAUUUGUGUAUAUACUUGUUCAUUCACUCGAUGAGGUAAUUACACUUUAGUGUUUUUCAGAUUUAUUCCAGCAUACAUGAGUUUAAGCUUGGAAUUUCCAGAGUUAUAUUUUUCCCAUCCAUGCGUGCCACAUGACCUGCCCAUCUCAUUCUUCCAGUCACCCUGCUCAUCUUAAUACAUAUCAAAAUCAAAAUCCUUCUGCCUGUAAUGAUCUCUAAUGCUUUUUUCAAGCUUCCAUAUAAUCCUGAGAAUGUACACGUUACUUUUUGUUUAAAAUGUAAUCAUGACAGCAGCACAAAACAUUUUUUUCUUUUGCAAGUACUGAACAAUAUCUUAAUAUUAAAUUUGGGAAACCAUUAUGUGUGAAAAAUGUUAUGACAUGUAAAUGUUGAAAAUUGCUGAGGAACAUAAACUAAUAUUAUGGUUGUUGGCAGCAUUGCUAUGUGAUCCUAAAAAUUUGUAUGAUGCGAGAUCUUGCAAAUAAACAAUCUACUAGCAUAA